AUGGAGUACACGGGCGGCGGCGAUUUGUUUCUGUAUUGCCGCAAGUGUGUGGCCACGCAGGAGUACCUUAGCAUCGAACAGAUUGACUGCAUGGCCAAGCAAUUGGCGUCGGGGCUCUGGUACAUGCAUCAGCAUGGCGUGGCGCACUGCGAUGUCAAGCUCGAAAAUGUGCUCCUUGCAUACGGCGCCCCUACAGCGCAGCUGCGGGCACCGCUCACGUUGAAGCUCUCUGACUUUGGCAAGUCGUCGGUUUUCCGCACGAAGUGGGACCGCAAAGAACAACUAUGGCCCACUUCUUCGGGCCUCUUGGGCACAGAACCGUAUAUGGCGCCCGAAGAACAUGAACCUGCUUCGUUUGUUUCUUUGCCCAAGAAAGACUGCUGGGCGCUAGGCGUCGCCAUAUUGGCCCUUUUCAAUUUCCGGCGCUCCUACUUUAGCGGGCGGUACGGCGAUUUUUGCCUGGUUUCUGUGCACGAUAAAACACACGACGAAGACGUUCUGCACGUAUACCCAGCAACGGUGCUCUGGACAAGCACGGCACAGAAAAACCAAAAGGCAAAGGAUGCAGUUUUUGGCGAAUACUGCAAUCUGCGCAUGCUUGCAGACUACAACCGCAAAACAAAAGAGUGGACGAUCCGGCGGCAGGGGUCGUUUGCGCCCAUCGAGACGUUGUUUGAAGAAACAGACAAGGAGGACUUUGAUGAAGACGACUUUGUGCUCCGGCGGUUUUUCCUCUACAAAUUGUUGGACACGGACCCAGCCAGGCGAGCCUCCGUCGACGAACUCUUGCGCGGCGACUGGAUGCGGUCCGUGCGCUGCUGUGAAUGA